ACACCAAAAGUUCUAUGUUUCCUAUAGCAAAACUAAAAGAUGGCUUGAGAGUCCAUUUCAUGAAGUUCGCUGGAGAUUUGGGCAUGUUUGACAUAACGUAUCUCUUUAGAAUGGGGUUCAUGUACGCGGACAUUCGUAUGAGGUACGACUACUGGUUGGGCGACAUCUGGGUGCUAGAUUUCAAACACGUCGCUCUCUCACACAUCUUCAGUUUAAAACCAGUGAUCUUAAAGAAGGCAGCCUUACUGUUUCAGAAUGGCCUUAACUGGAGGAUACAAUCGAUCCACGUCAUCAAUGUAAAGGGAUCAGCAUCUUUAGCGCAGCGGGUGAUGGAUUUCUUGAACAAAUUCUUCAGUGCUGUGCUAAUAUCGAGAGUGAUCAUCUAUGAGAAUCCAGAGGACUUGUUAAAGCACAUACCGACGGAAUUCCUGCCUGAGGACUAUGGGGGGUGUGCGCCAAGCUCCUCGGUACUCAUAGACAAUGUGGAAACCGAAUUCAAGAGGCAAGAAACCAUAGCCUUCCUUAUGAACUGCCGUAAAUUCGUAUCAGAUGAACGCAAAAGACCAAAAGACGAAUAUUGUGAAGACAAUUUAGCUGGGACCUUUAGGAAAUUAGAAUUAGAUUGAAAGUUCAUAGUCUGGUGAAGCAAUCAGACCAGUUGCUGAGAGAUCAUGGAAUAUUGGUGUAAAUUUAUAUUUUGGACAAGGAAUAUUGGUGCUACGUGAUUUUUUAGUUCCUGAAUCUCUUGAAUAUUCUUAUUUGUGAUUAUGACGUCUUUAGAUUGCCAAAUGUCGAUAAG